UAACAUUCCACGAACGAUAAACAAAAUUGUGACGUUUUGCGCUUCUCAUCUACGGGAUUGUUUGUUGUAAUUUCAUUUCAUUUUCUGAAGCUCUGUUGUGGUAUUGCAGUGAAAGUUGUUUUUAUUGAAUCUAUGGCUCCGCGAAGCGACGUUUGGAAAUAUUUCGUCAAGAAAUCUAAAUCAGGUGUGUGCAAAACAUGUCGCUUGGAAGUUAUGACGAGUGGAAACACCAGAAACCUCUGGAAUCACCUCAACAGACAAUCAGGAAAAAGCAGAAUCGAGCUCGAUGGUUCCGAUGAAAAAUGUUGUUUCAAAACCGAAGCCUGCUACUGGUGCUAGCCAUGAAUAGACCUGGAUGUCAAACCAUCCAAGAUUCGUUCUCACGAGUGAUGAAAUACAAAGGUAUCCGUUAUAGUUACGGAUGGGGGAGCCAACAUCGUGUCUGCUGCAAAAAAUGUUUUUGGAGAUGCGAGACAUGUUAUAUGUGUCGACCACAGCUUGAGUCGCAUCACCACUGUUGCUAUUGACCAAUCGCCUCUAUUUAAAAUUCUUCUGACGGAAAUACGGUAGCUUUUUUCAAGAAAUCCAUCAAUGCUGCGGAUGAGAUUCGCGCCCUGCAGCUCAAAGAGGUUAGCUCCGAUGCUGACAUAUUAAAGUUAAUCAAGGAUGAACCUACCAGGUGGGGCAGCAACUACGCGAUGCUGGAACGCUUCAUUAAGCUUGCAGAUAAGGUUAGUUUAAUACUUUUGCGGUAUACUUCCGUUCAAAUGUUAACCGGCUCAGAACUGGCGGCGGCUACUGAGGGGCGCGAUUUACUGCAACCUGUGGCUCAUACGAUAACUGAGCUGGAAGGUGAAACUGUUUCCCUUUCAGGGAAGGUGAUCCCGAUGUUAAAGAACAUGAAAAGGAGUAUCGACUCAAUGAGUCCUACUACCGAGCCAGUCAGACAAUUGAAAACGAUGUGUCAGGCACAAUAUGAGCGAAAAUUCAAGGAUAUAGAAUUCGUAGAUACAUUUUCUAUUGCGACGCUGUUAGAUCCCCGUUUUAAAACCCUCUAUCUCUGUCCGUUAGCUCAUGCAAAGGUGCUUAAAAACGUAUCCGAUAUGGUUCAAAUUGCUAACAAAGACUCAAUGACUAAUCCUAAUGAAAUUUCAUCGUUUGCACCGAAACCCGGGUCGAACAAUUUAUGGAAUUUUCACCGCCAAAUGGUGCACGAAUCAUCUUUGAACCAUGAGCCUGAUACCCCUGGUGGUAUCUCAGGGGAACUACGAAAUUUUUUACACCAAAAAGUCGUAAGUCUUGAUUCCAACCCUUUGGCAAUCUGGGAAUCAAUUAGAAGCGAGUAUCCAACACUCUAUCCAAUAGCUCGAGAAUACCUCAGCAAGAUGGUAACAUCUGUACGAUCCGAGAGGCUGUUUUCCAGAACUGGUGCAACCACUAAAAACCGAUACCGGUUAAAUGCCAAACGGAUGGCACGGUUGGCAUUUAUGGGAUCAUUGUCUGCAAACUUUUGGGCCAGCUGUUGAUUUUUUAUUAAAUCUUUUGUUAUAUCUUUUUAAAUUUUUCCUGCAGGGUUUACAAAACAAACGCUACAAACGCUCCAAGGUAUCGUAAA